AUGACAUCGUUCGUGUAUUCCAUGGAUUCGGAAAGGGUUUUAAAAUCUGGACCAUUCUCAUGUAUACUCGUUGUCACUAACUGCUUUCUUCUGUGGAGUGUGUCGAUCUACUCCAAAUUUACGGAUUUCAUCUCUCAUCAAACAGCAAAUAUGAGCAAUAGUCGAUGGUACACGGAUGGUAGCAGCGUGACAUCAUCUUCACCAGCUGUCAGUGAUGCAAGUUUCGAUGCUGAUGUUACAUUACGAAGUACUCAUCUCAACGCCAGCAGUCACGACGAGGCAACAAUGCCGCCUGCACCUCCAACUACCAGUUUUUCCAGACCGAAUCGUCCGCCAUGCCUCUAUAAGGGAAAAGACUUGAAAGCGAGUAAUCCACCUGGUGACGGGAUCUGCGUUCCUCCGGUACUGUUGUCGCCGGUAUUAUCGCGCCCGGUUCGUUCAGCGCAGUCCGCAACCACUAGUCCACUACCGGCUCUGAACAGCCCCAUUACAUUUCACGGUUCCGAUUCGGAAAACAGCGAUGGUACCGCAUGGCGUGGAAGUGGUGGUAGCGUAAACGUGGCUCGUCGAAGUCUGGCAAGUGGAUCUCGUCCCUCCACACCAAUCAUGUCACCCAUACUCAACCGAUCCUCAAGUGGUAGCAGAAUUGGGGCAUUACAUCUGACGAGCAGGAGCGGAUCUGGAAGCGGUUUAGUACCUGGUCGUAGCAUGGUUCGACGAACAGACUCCGCAAGUGAGGCAGAUCGUCGCCGCAAGCGUCUUCGUCGCAGGACAAUGAUUCAUGGUAUGUGCAGUGAAUCAUCUGUGGAAGGCAGUUGGCCAUCAUCAUCGUCCUCGUCAAAUCUCACGCGACUUCGUUCCGGUCUUGGUCAUUCUGAUCCACAAAUCUCAGCCAGCUGUAGCCAUACACCAUCUCCAAAGGGUUCCAAGGAUGUACAAACCCUGUCACAAACGACACGAUCGAGCGCGGCACGGCGAAGUCUGAACGCAUCCACCUCCCCGGUACUCGCACCACGAUGUCGUAGUCCAGGGCGUAGCACCACUGGAAGCAGUGGUACAUCUACCAACAGAACCACAGCACCGGUUGGCGUCGCACUAAGAUCCUAUUCGUCACGAACGGGAAGUUCGCUAAUGGCGCCACAGCAUGAUAAUCGCCGUUGGUCGCUAGCAUCGCUGCCAUCGACAAGUGGCUAUGGAACUCCAGGGAGUAAUUCAGCAUUUUCGAGCCAAUAUUCAUCGUCGGAGCAUCUGUCGGAGAUGUUGGAAUGCAUGCGAGUCGGCGCAGCUCGUUUUGACAGUAAUGAUAGUUGUCCGUCGGCGGAAGAUGCGCUGAAUACGAGUUUUCGACCGAGGAGUAGGAGUUUAACCAGUCCCAUCAAGCUGACCUCCGAAUUCUCGUUGGAUGUCGUUAAUCGAAACAGUGUAUACAAGGAACGUUUUCCAAAGGCCAAAGCACAAAUGGAGGAGAAACUACUGUCAUUUGUUGCUGAACAUGCUCCGCUAAGUGGUGGAUCUUCUGUCGGUGAUGUUGAUUCUGGAGCGGAUGGUGUUUCGAAUCGACGUUCAAUGGUUUUGGAGACGGAAACCUGUGUGGAUCGAACGCUCCUACGAUUGAUCGGCGACGGAGCGACACGGUUUUUGCACCAUCAAAUAGUUGAGGUUGCCUCGGACUGCUUAGCUCGUUCCCGCGAUGAAACUAUUUCAUGUUCAUAUUUUUGUGAGAUGAGCCAACGGCUGGAUGAAACUUUGAAUGAGGCUCAACAAAAGACGUCACCGGAAUCGUUCGCGUACUUGUCAAAACUAGUCAAGCAGUUACUGAUGAUUGUGAGUCGACCGGCGCGGUUACUGGAAUGCCUGGAAUUCGAUCCGGACGAGUUUUAUCACCUGUUAGAAGAAGCUGAAGGCGUUGUUCGCGAGCAGUUGGGCAGCGGCACAGCUCGUGUGCCAGAUUUACCACAAUACAUUAUUGGUAAACUCGGCCUGGAUCGAGAUCCUUUAAUGGAUGUGGACCCACGUGCAGAAUCUCCACCAAACCCGCCACCAUCAGCAAUACCCAGUCGCGACGAUGAGUCCACCGCAGCGUCAAAAACUGCGGAUCAUCACCACCGAGCACCCUGUGAGGACGAUUUUGAGACUAUAAGACUCGUCAGCAACGGUGCAUAUGGUGCGGUAUAUUUGGUUAGACAUCGAGAGACUCGGCAACGGUUCGCACUGAAAAAAAUGAACAAACAGACGUUGGUGUUGAGAAACCAAGUGGACCAGGUGUUCGCCGAACGUGACAUCCUCACAAUGGCCGACAAUCCAUUUGUGGUCUCAUUCUACGGCUCAUUCGAAACAAGACACCACUUGUGCAUGUUGAUGGAAUACGUUGAAGGUGGUGACUGCGCAGCACUGCUGAAAAGCGCUGGAACGUUGCCAGUAGACUUGGCGAGGCUGUACGUGGCGGAAACAGUACUGGCAAUCGAAUACUUGCAUUCGUAUGGAAUUGUCCACAGAGAUUUAAAGCCUGACAACUUAUUGAUCACCGCAAUGGGUCAUAUAAAACUGACAGAUUUUGGAUUGUCGAAGAUUGGACUAAUGAAUCGAACCACCUUAGUGGCUGAGGGAUUUGAGAACACCGUGGACACUCAACAAUUCAAGGACAAGCAACUGUGCGGCACGCCUGAAUACAUUGCUCCUGAGGUGAUUUUACGCCAAGGAUACGGUAAACCUGUCGAUUGGUGGGCGUUAGGUGUGAUACUGUACGAGUUUCUAGUUGGUUGCGUACCUUUCUUUGGUGAUUCUCCCGAAGAUCUGUUCUCGAAAGUAAUAUCAGAGGAAGUCGAAUAUCCGGAUGGUGAUGAAGCUCUGCCUCCUGAAGCUGAGGACCUCAUAAGACGACUAUUGGAGAAGAAUCCCGUAGAACGACUCGGCGCGUUAGUUGGUGCCACCCAGCUGAUGGUGCAUCCCUUCUUCGCAUCGUUGGACUUUAAUACGCUUCUUCGUCAAAAAGCGGAAUUUGUACCACAGCUGGAACACGACGAGGACACCAGCUAUUUCGACACACGCACGGAUCGUUACAAUCAUGAUGCGGAAUCCUGCGGUGAAGAGGAGCCGAGUGCUGUGGCAGCUGUGGCCCCAAUGUUCCACUCGUUUUCCACAGCCAGCCCACGCCAUUCAAUUGUAACCUCAGAACUGAGUCAAUCAUCAUCGCAGAGUACCGCUACCCAACCCACUGAACGCUGUCGAAAACCAUCGUCGACCACACAAUCGAGUGAAGAUCAGUCUGCGACCGAUUUAGUUGAUGAGAAGGAGUGUCCGAUACCAUCGGCUAUGCUGUUGAGACGCCGUUUCUCUGCCCAACGUCAAGCGAAUGUGUCAACAUCCUCAAGCGGCACCACUGGCACUGGAUGUCAAAAUACAGCGUGUUCCUCCACGGACAGCAGCAUGGAUGCAUCGCAUGUUAGCACAAUAGUUGUUGGAAUGGACUCGAGAAGAUCACCACUCCCUCGUUUUGCGAUUUCGUGCGAUCCAGAAGAGCAACAUGUAACGACAGCGGAAGUGCGAGUCGGCAAGGAGUUGUCGCCUGUCGAUGAGGCGGUGCGAUUCAGGUCUCAUUCACCAUCCCCUCUACAACUCGUUAUUCCAUCCAGCUCAAGUUCUACCCAGGCAGCAAGUUCAAGCAGUAACGAUACUUGCUACGUGGUGUCUGGAGGGCAACUCUCUCCUGGAGCAGCGUCCGCAUCUUCAGUUUCAUCCUACGAUGGCGCGUCACCACAUCCACACCUUGGUGAACAAUUGAGCCCUGCACAGUCUCUCAGCAAGUCCCCAAUCACCAUAAGAAAAGGUCCAUUUGGUUUUGGUUUCACCUUGAAAUCCGUUCGAGUUUAUCUUGGCGAGCACUCGGACUACUAUACUAUUGAACACAUAGUAACGGCUGUCGUGGAAGGAAGUCCAGCAUACGAAGCUGGUCUUCGCAGCGAAGAUCUCAUUACGGCAGUAAAUGGACAACCAGUUCAUAAUCUUACACAUCCUCAACUAAUGCAUCGUUUACUGAGCUAUGGAAACGAGUUGACGUUGAAGGUCACUCCACUCUCUGCAACAUCGAUCAAAGAGGGUGCACCCAGAAAAACUCUGGGAAAGCUUGCCAAGAAAAAACCAAAACGUCCUCAGCGUCGUGUUCCGUUGGAAAAGAAACCGAGAAAACCCUCAUCUCUUCUCCGUCGCCUCAGCGGAAAACGAACCACCAAUGACAUUGUACCUGGUAGUUCUAGUCAGAAGCAAACCUUCAUGCCAAGGUCGGUGUCCAGUCAGGACGGAGCGAUUCUCGGCGGCCCAUUAACCACAUGUUGCCCACCAUGUGCGAGCACAUCCACCGUUGGCACUGUUUCAAUUGCUGGCACGAAGUCGACCACCCAUAAGCGACUCUCUGACGUUGGUCUCAAAGAAGAAAAUCGUUCACCACUCGUUUCUUCACGACCAUCGUCGUUACGAGGUUUAAAACAACCGCUGCCGACUGCGGCAAUGGGUUCCGGCCCUUCGGGAAAUGUUGUUGGAUUGAACGUACUAAAAAUGCCAACAUCACCGAUUCCUGUGAGUCCACUGGCUCGAACGGAGCAUGUGGAACCUGCUGCUCCGAUUGUGACGAGAUCUCCAAGCCCUUCAUCCAGCAACAAGCUAAUGGCCAGUGGUCGAUCAUUCUUACGAAUGUUGCAUAGGGACGAGAAAUAA